ACCACUCACGAACUUUAGUUAAGAAGAUUUACAAUUAAUUUUGGUUUAUUUUUAAUUCCAAUCUAGCAUAAACACAUCAUUGUAACUUCACUGAAUUAUACCAAAUGCUUCUAAUGUAUAGUUAAUGAAUGUAGUUGCUAUUAUAAUGGAUGAACCACUUCCAGAAACAACCAAAACGGAUUUGACAGUUAAUGGACAUAAUUUAAGUGAUGUUCCAGAAAGUACAAACUUUAAUGUCGGGGAUGAGGAGCAUGUUGAACAGAAGGAUGAUAAUGAGGAUAGAAGCGAUGUACUUGUCAAACCUACAUUUGCUAUUAAAUUACAUGGUGAAAUAAGUAAGGAUAAGAUUUUCAAUAAAGAAAAUUUAGAAAAUCCUGACACUUGUACAACUAGUGAUAGUACUAUUCACAAUAACAGUGAAAAUUUAAAUAUAAACCAAUCUGAAAAUAUAAGUAAUGAUCUCCAAGGUACUCAUUUUGAUCAUUUUAAUGUGAACAAUAUUGGAGACAAUGUAGAUCCUGGACCAAGCGAAGAUGUUUUGCAAGAGCAAAGAGAAUUGAAACGUAGAACGUUUUCUACUUUAGUUACAAUCAAUGUCAUUGCAUUUCUCGCUUCUUUCUUUUACUGGAUACAGAAUGGUGUUUUUCCAUACUUAACACGAAGUUUAGGUGUUAGUCCAGAGAUGUUUGGCUAUAUAGAAUCGACAUUUGCUUUUUAUCAGUUGAUAGGCUCGCCUAUAUUUGGAAGAUGUGGGGAUGUAUUUGGGACUCGUAUAGUAAUGAUGAUAUCUGAAUUAGCCUCCACUAUUAGUUAUAUAACAUUAGCUGUUGCAAGUAAUAUUGGUAUGUUGUUCUUAUCACGUGUUCCAGCUUUAGCAAUGCAUAAUUUACAAGGAUCCUACAUGAUUAUAUCUGACAUCACUUUGCCAGAUGAUCGUGCAAACAUGCUGGGAAAACUGGGUGUGUCACAUGGCUUAGGAAUGGUCACUGGAUCCUUUGUUGGAGGAAUUGUCACUCACAUUUUCAGCGAACGUGCUGCAACCGUGGUAUCCGCAUGUGGUAAUAUUGUCUGCGUGGUAAUUAUUUUUGUUUUCAUCCCGAAGGACACAAAAGCAAUACGCCUGAAGUUAGACAAUUUACAGCAAAAAUUAAACAGAACAUCCCUCGAACCGCCGCCAUUCUCAAUGUCAUCAUUCAGUAUCACGCAAAUAUUUUCAAUUCUAAAAAUCAAAAUCAUACAGUAUUUAUUAUUCUUAAAAAUCAUGUCAGCAUUUCCAUUUAGCUUGAUCUAUUCCAUGUUUUCGAUUGCAAUAAUGGAUUAUUUCAAACUUGGACCAAAAUAUAAUGGCGCCAUAUUAGCGUACGUUGGAAUACUUGGAAUUUUCGUGCAAGGUGUUUUAAUCGGGUUACUUACGAAGAAAUUUAAAGAUCCCGAAUUAAUUAAAUACUCUAUGUUUCUAAUCGCAGCUUCAUGCAUGUUUCUCAUAGUCGCUGAUAACAUUUUUUUCUUUUGUUUUCUUCUGUUCCCUUUAUCAAUUGGAGCGAUAACUUCACAUAUUGUUUUACUAGCAGCCAUAACAAAGGUUGUUCCAAUCACUGACACAGGAUCUGCUCUUGGAUUAACUUUAGCUUUACACGCCGUAGUACGUUCUAUUGCACCCACGUUGGGUGGCUUGUUGUUUACAGCAAUUGGGUGGCCGAUAUUUGGUGCAGUUGGCUACGUGAUGCAUUUGUUUCUGUCUGGAUUUGUUGUGCUAAACGGACGAAAAGAUUACUGAAGCGUUGACGGCUUACUUGACGUGGCUUUCUUUGUGCUCAAAAUAUAUUAUAAAAAUAAAAUUUUACAAUAUAUAUUACCAUUUUAGCUA